AGGCUAGCAGGUUUCUGUGUCAGUCCUGAGGAGGCAGCGUUUUCUUCGCUGCUCUUCUCUCCAGAAGCUUCUGCCGAUUCCCCCCAGCUCUGGCUAGUCGGCUCUGCGUCGUGCCGCCAUGAUGGGCCACCGUCCAGUGCUCGUGCUCAGUCAAAAUACAAAGCGUGAGUCUGGAAGAAAAGUUCAAUCUGGAAAUAUCAAUGCUGCAAAGACAAUUGCAGACAUCAUCAGGACCUGCUUGGGACCUAAAUCUAUGAUGAAGAUGCUUUUGGACCCAAUGGGAGGCAUCGUGAUGACCAAUGAUGGUAAUGCCAUUCUUCGAGAGAUUCAAGUCCAGCAUCCCGCAGCGAAGUCCAUGAUUGAAAUUAGCAGGACCCAGGAUGAAGAGGUUGGAGAUGGGACCACAUCAGUAAUUAUACUUGCGGGAGAAAUGCUCUCUGUGGCUGAACACUUCCUAGAGCAGCAGAUGCACCCAACAGUGGUGAUCAGUGCUUACCGCAUGGCACUGGAUGAUAUGAUCAGCACUCUGAAGAAAAUCAGUACCCCUGUAGAUGUCAAUAACCGUGAGAUGAUGUUGAACAUCAUCAAUAGCUCUAUAACUACAAAAGUUAUCAGUCGGUGGUCCUCUUUGGCAUGCAACAUUGCACUGGAUGCGGUUAAGACUGUGCAGUUUGAAGAGAAUGGCAGAAAGGAAAUUGACAUCAAGAAAUAUGCAAGGGUAGAAAAGAUACCUGGGGGCAUCAUUGAAGACUCAUGUGUCUUACGUGGAGUUAUGAUUAACAAGGAUGUGACCCAUCCAAGGAUGCGCCGCUAUAUUAAGAAUCCUCGAAUUGUGCUACUGGAUUCUUCUCUGGAGUACAAGAAAGGAGAAAAAAUGGAAGAAGAGUACAUUCAGCAGUUGUGUGAGGAUAUUAUCCAGCUGAAACCUGACGUGGUCAUCACAGAAAAGGGCAUCUCAGAUUUAGCUCAGCACUACCUCAUGCGGGCCAAUGUCACAGCCAUUCGUAGAGUCCGGAAAACAGACAAUAAUCGCAUUGCUAGAGCCUGUGGAGCACGGAUAGUCAGCCGACCUGAGGAACUGAGAGAAGAUGAUGUUGGUACAGGGGCAGGCUUACUGGAAAUCAAGAAGAUUGCUGACUAUAUACCAUUUCUCUGCUUCCCCAAGGAAGUAGAACGCAACCUCCAGGAUGCCAUGCAAGUGUGCCGCAAUGUUCUACUGGACCCUCAGCUGGUGCCUGGUGGUGGAGCCUCUGAGAUGGCUGUGGCUCAUGCCUUGACAGAAAAAUCUAAGGCCAUGACUGGUGUGGAACAAUGGCCAUAUAGAGCUGUGGCCCAGGCGUUAGAGGUCAUCCCUCGGACCUUGAUCCAGAAUUGUGGGGCCAGUACCAUUCGUCUGCUUACCUCCCUUCGGGCCAAGCACACACAGGAGAGUUGUGAGACCUGGGGUGUGAAUGGUGAGACUGGUACCUUGGUGGACAUGAAAGAGCUGGGUAUUUGGGAGCCAUUGGCUGUGAAGCUACAAACAUACAAAACAGCAGUGGAGACUGCAGUUCUGCUUCUGCGGAUUGAUGACAUUGUCUCUGGCCACAAGAAGAAGGGUGAUGACCAGAACCGGCAAACCAGUGCUCCAGAUGCUGGCCAGGAGUGAGUGCUGAGCAAGGUGACUUCCACGCACAGAACCAGCAGUCUCCCCUUUCCUGAGCCAGAGUUCCAGGAACACUGUGGACAUCUUUGUUUGUGAGGGAUCGGGUUGAGGGGCAGCCCCCAGUCUGUCCCAUCUCGGUUUGCAAAAAGCACUGACGUGUAUCUCUUCUAUUGUAAGCUUUCCAUUUAGUUUGCUUCCAAUGAUUAAAUCUAAGUCAUUUGA